CAAAACACAAACCGUCUGCCUGCCGCCCACUAUCAUUUCUUUCGUCUGCUGGCAAAUCUCAAAUAAAUGGAUUUAACCUAAACAGAAUUUGUUUGUAGCUAAUUUAAUUGGCUAAAUAAAAGUCGACACGACUCUCUCGAAAAUUAAUUCAUAAAACUUUUAGCUAGUAUACAGGUCGGUUGAUUUAAAUUAAAGUUCCUUCUUUCUAGUAUCUACCGUUCAUUGCCUUUACGAAACGAUGGCUCUCGCGCUACGAAAUCUUUACCGACAGGCCAUGCACAAAUAUCCUACAACAGCCCAGUCUGUUCAAGUGUCCAUGCUAAUGGCAACCAGUGACAUAAUCGCCCAAUGUGGAGUUGAGAAGACACCAAUCGAUAAAAUCAAUUGGCUACGAACUGGACAAUUUAGUUGCAUGGGUUUGGUCUUUGUUGGACCAGCAUUGAAAAUAUGGUAUGGCCGAUUGGAAGCCAUAGUGAAUCCUAAUCAGAAAGCUUGGCAAAGAGGUAUUAAGAAAGUUGCUCUUGAUCAAAUUGCCUUUGCACCUUUCUUCAUUGGAGCAUUCACAACCACAUUGGGAGUGAUACAAGGACAUAAGCCAAGUGAAAUCAUGGAAAGCCUUAGGACUGACUACUUUGAAGUUUUAAAGUCCAAUUACAUGCUGUGGCCAGCAGCUCAGUUGGUGAACUUUGCUUUGAUUCCAUUGAAUUUCCAAGUAGUGUUUGCACAAUCGGUAGCUGUUCUAUGGAAUAUCUAUUUGUCCAUGGCAUUGGCUAGUGAUAAGAAAACAGAAGCUAACAAGACUAACGCGUAAAAUGAGAUUAAAAACGAAUUUAUAUUUAUGUAAAUAAUUGUGAUAAAUUUUAAUGACUUUUAAAUGAAUAAAAACAAAUAUUUUACCAUGAGAA